AUCUUUGAAUGCGAUCGCCUGAGCCACUUCAUAGACGGGAAGGGUGCCUCUGGCAACUGGAUGUCCCUGGUGAACUGUGCCAGGUUCCCCGAGGAGCAGAACUUGACGGCUAUCCAGUGCGAGGGGCAAAUCUUCUACGAGAGCUGCAAGGAAAUCUUGCCGAAGCAGGAGCUGCUGGUGUGGUACGGCGAUUGCUACGUGCAGUUCCUGGGCGUCCCAAUCAGCCCGAAGGACAUGUCAGAGGGGAAGAAGCCCCCGGAGAACCCCGAAGAAGCCGGGGAGAGCUUUAAGUGCGAGCGGUGCGGCAAGGUUUUUGCCUACAAGUACUACCGGGACAAGCACCUCAAGUACACCCGCUGCGUGGACCAAGGGGACCGCAAAUUUCCUUGUCACCUCUGCAGCCGAUCCUUUGAAAAAAGAGACAGGCUGAGGAUCCAUGUUCUCCACGUUCACGAAAGGCACCGACCUCACAAGUGCUCAGAGUGUGGGAAGAGCUUUUCUCAGUCCUCCAGCCUGAACAAACACCUGAGGGUUCACUCUGGGGAGCGCCCCUACAAAUGUGUGUACUGCAACAAGGCAUUCACGGCAUCCAGCAUCCUGCGCACUCACAUCCGCCAGCACUCAGGGGAGAAGCCAUUCAAGUGCAAGCACUGCGGCAAAGUCUUUGCCUCGCACGCAGCCCACGACAGCCAUGUGCGGCGCACGCACAGCAAGGAAAAGGGCUGCAUUUGCUCUGUGUGUGGCCAGCACUUCCCGCAGCAGGAGGAUUACCAAGUCCACAUGAAGGUUCAUGACUCUCAUUAG